GGGCAGUACAUGAACCCUUCCAAUCCUACAGACUUGUCCUCUCUGAGAACACCAAACCUCUGAAGAUGACAUUCGGGCUGGCGUUUUUUAGUUUGCUCUGUGUGACAGCAUGGAUGACGGGGGUCCGUGCAAGCAUUGGACCAGUCGUCGGCUGCUGUACAGGGCUGAGGAAGACCAAGGUCCCCUAUAAAAACAUCACUAAUUACACCGUACAAACUACAGGGCUGUGUCCCAUUAAAGCCAUAGUGUUCAACACCAAAAAGAAUACAAAGAUCUGCGCAGACCCAGGAAUGGGUUGGGUGAAAAAGAUUAUGAACAAAUUUGACGAAAACAAGAGGAUCAAGAGAGAACAGGCGGAUGCAAAGAAGAGACCAGCUGUGACCAAUGGACCAGCAGAGACCAAUGGACCAGCAGAGACCAAUGGACCAGCUGUGACCAAUGGACCAGCAGAGACCAAUGGACCAGCAGAGACCAAUGGACCAGCAGUGACCUGUGGACCAGCAGUGACCACUGGACCAGCAGUGAAGAUGUCAGUGCCCCAUAAAAAUAAAAAUAAUCAGAGAAAAGUGCGGAAGGAAGGAGGAAAGAGAAGAGGAAGAGGAAAGGGUAUAAGAAAACUGGCAUAACAAAACCAAAGAAAUAACCAAGCAGAAUUUUUGUUAUGGUCCAAAUAGUGGACUACCGCUAAGGGAAGAACAAAUUCCAUCAAUUAUUUUAUUUGAAAGAUUUUCAAAUGAGGUUUUUCAACUCUGUAAAUGUUAAAUGAGACCAAUGCUAUUUUAGUAAAAGUUUGCAUUAAAAAGAUUUGCACAGACAAAUGUAUACUUGGAAAGAUACUUUCCUGGAAUGUAGACUAACUUUAUUCUUUCUAUGGUAUUCUGAUAAAUAAGUUAAGCAUGUAAAUAAAAUUCUGGGCUGUAUUAUGUUAAAGAAAUAAUGUAAUGAAUCUUCUUUGCUACCUCUACCCAUUAUGGUAAUACGUGUCCUCAACAUUUUAUGUUGAUGUUCAUGUUAAGCCAAUAAAGCAAUAUUUAUCAUGAACCUUUGUCCUCUGAGGGAUCAGAAUAAGCUGGAUUCCACACAGCAAGGAUGCAUAUUGACAUGUUUGUAGUUGAUACCAAUAAAAACAUCUCCGAAAAG